GAGAGAAAUAAAUAUAUACAAACUCUUUGGCCAGUCACUUGAUUCCAUGUGUAGAGGCGCCACCGCGCUAGCAUGAAGCAACAAUCCAACAAAAUCUGGUUACACUGAUACAGAUGAUAAUCCAAAUGAAUGGGCUUCAGUGAGUAUGCUCAGCAUAAUGGUUCAAAAAAAAAGUAUGCUCAGCAUAUGAUUUCAAAGGGAAUUUAGCAGAGAAUCAGAAUAUUAUUUUGGGAGCAUUUCAAUGCAACAUCACACCAAUUCACCAGAUCAAAGGACAAAUAAAAGGAUUGUGACAGAUCACAUGAAAGUGAAGUUUAUUUCUUCAGGGUGCCUGCUCACUUUGGAGCUGCUGCUUUUGAACCUCACUUUGCCAGGGCAAUCUCUCAUGUGUCAUGCUGUUCUCUCCUAGAAUCACUCGAAGAUGAAUUCUUUCUAUUUCUUUUGCACAUAUGACCUGAAUUUAUCUUCCGAGAGGAAUGUACUUGAGGGGAGAACAGGGGCAGCCUUAAGAAUCAGAUGGCAGUGCCUCUCAAAACUUUUCUUUUCUUUUUCACUGUCUUUUACCCCUCUCUUCACAAGAACAAACAAGGGAUUAAAAGGGAAAGGUAGGAAAACAACAUAACUCAAAAAGCAAAGUGCAAAAGCAAGCAUGGCUCAGCUUGCUUUGAUUCUACUCUCCCCCUCCAUUAGGUCCUUCAAAAGCACAGCAGAAUCAGCCAAAGCAAAAGAAGCGCCAGAACAGAACAAGAAGCAAGAAUACCGCAACAGCGACUGACACAAAUCCUGCUGCUACUUCCCCACAUUAUAAUAUGCGGUCACGUUGCGCAGCCGCAGCGUUGCAUCGCAUUUGCGCCACCCCAUCCCCAUGAGAAGAAGCUCUUAGAAGAGCAGCAGCAGAGGAAGUGUUGUCAAGUGAGGCGGCAGGAGAGAGGGAGGAGGAGGCGGCCGCGGAAGAAGACGACGCUGCGCGGCGGCGGCCAGCGGUUGUCAUGAGAAGGCCGGCGGGGUCCGUGAGGCCGGCGGCGGCAUUGGCCAUCUUGUUUGGAGCGCUUGUGUUGAUGGCGUUGGUCAUGGACGACGGCGAGAAAGCGGCUCUGCCGGCGAGCGACGCGGCGAUCGGCGGGAGGAGAAUGAUGCUCAGAGCAGAUGGAGAGCAGAGGACUCUAGAGGAUUUCAGAGCUGAUGAUCCCUUCCAGGACAGCAAGAGGAGGGUGCCUAAUGGCCCUGAUCCCAUCCACAACAGGGGAACUGGCAAGUCCGGGCGAUCGCCAGGCCGAGCUUGACGGUGACGGCACGCAUGUCAAGGCGCAGAAGCUUCUGAAGAGGCAGACAUGUGUGGAGCAUCAAACAGAUGGUGCAUUGCAUUGCAAGGAGGAAG